AUGUUUCCAUUCAAUUCAAUAAAUGAAAAAAAACAAUCGUUUGUUGACAAGACGAGAGCAGAAAGAGAACAACGAGAAAAACAACGAAAACUUGAUAAGCUUGAAAAAGAAAAGACACAAGCAGCUAAAUGUAUUCAAGUUUUGUGUAGAAAACGUUUAGAAAAAAGCCAAGUUUUCGAGAACUUACGUAAGUUAUGGGAUGAUGAGUUUUUAGUAGGGGAACAACACGAAAUUGCAACAAUAACAACAACAGACAUUCUUAGAUCUGCUGUUUUAUUGUUUGCUUUUUUUGAUCCAAAUAAAGAUUUUAAAAGAUUUGAACAGAUUUGCAAAAUGAUUUUGUCAACUGUCACAUCAAUUAGACCUUCAAAAACCACACAACAACAAAAUAAAAGUCCAAUGAUACCUUUUCAUUGCCUUUUACUUAAUGAACAUUAUAGUAACAUAACAUUGAAAAUUUUACAAAAAACAACAUUACAAUCUGUCAAUUAUGUUGUUGGGUAUUUGAAUAAACAAUCAAAUGUAAAUAUAAGUAGUAGUCGUACUAGUAAUAAGAAUGAUAAUAGUUAUUACAACAAAGAAUUAUAUCUUUCAGGAGAAUAUUUAAUAAAAGAAGGCUUUUAUGAAAAAUUCAAUAAGGCAUUAUUUCUUCGAGUAAAUUUAAUUAUGGUUUUGAAAAAUAGAUUAAAAAAAGUUGUGAAACUUGGCGAUGAAGAUGAAAAGAAAUUACAAUUGUCAAUUUUGUGGAUAACCGCAUGCAUCAGAUUUUGUUUAUUUCCAUUUGAUAUUAUCAAUGCUAGUAAUGAUAUUAUUAUUGGUAAGGAUCAGGUCAUUAUUAAUGAUGGUGCUAGUAAUAAUAAUAUCAACAAUCAAAAAAACAAAAUAAAUUUUUCAGAAAAAGAUUUAAAAGGCUUGUUUACAGUAUAUGUUAUGAGCACACCUUGUCUAGUAUCAGUUUUAGAUAAUGCUAGUUUGGAAAUUUUAAAACGAUACAAUAUUCACAAUAAGAUUAUUUCAGUUUUAUGUAAUGUUGAUAAAGAUAAUAAUAAUAAAGUAUUUGAAAAAUUGACAGGAAAUGAUGCGAUUUUUUUAUUGGGCAAUAUUGUUGAAUUAUUUUUAUUUAAAUUAGAUUUUUUUUCAAUAAUGCCAGCUUCUUCUAGUAGUAAAGAUUUAUAUAAUGAUCAAGAGAGUCUUCAAUUAAAAAAUGAUUUUAUAAAAGCUAUGAAUAAUUUACUUCAGCAUUGUCAGAAAUUUAUUUCUUCAAAACAGUCAGCUAAAUUUAAUAGUUUUCAUCCAAUAUUUAGUUGGUAUGCUGGAAAAAUCGAUUCAAUUCUUUUAAGUAAUGGAAGUGCAUCAAGUCAAAUUACCUUAAUGGCAAUUGAUGUUCAAUCAGUUUGUCAAUUUUAUAAUUUAUUUAUGAAAAUCUUCAAUUCACUAAAACGUGAAAUCAUCAUGAAUUUAACUUAUUUACCAAAUUUUGUUCCCUGCCUAUGGAGAUUUUUGUCAAGUUUAGGACCAAAACAAAAAAUGAAAAUUUUUUUAACAGAAUCGAUUGUUCGUGAUCCUGAUAAAGAGCCAAUGAUUGAGAUUUUAGAAUUAUUUUGUGAAUGUUACGAUGAGGAACUUUAUGAAUUAGAAACUCCAUUUUCAAUUGAAAUCGACUUGAUUCCAAUGGUUAGAUUUUUUAAUAAAUUUUGUUUCUUGAUUCUUAACACACGUCGUUCUUUUACUAUUAGUAAUUAUAAAAAUAAUGGUGGUAAGGGAAAUUGGAAAGUAAAAUCGAUAGCAGUAAAAGAGGAGGGCGAGGAUAAUAUUUGGUUGUUGAUUAAAGAUCCAAAAAAAUCAUUACCAAUAUCAUUAGCCAAUUUUUUUAAAAAAGCAUUGAACUCAAAUAACAACAACGGUAAUGAUAAUAGUUCAAAAAUGGGGUUAUCAUUUUUAGAACGAAUUCAAAAAAAUGAUGAAGUAGCAAUAAGAAUAUUAAAUUUAUUACCACAUACAAUACCAUUCGAGACACGCUUGGAUAUAUUUCGUCAAUAUUUAUCAAAGAUAAAUAAUACACACACUUCCCCAACAAUUAUUCAUAAUAGCAGUAAUUGCACAGUAGUUAAAGUUAGAAGAGGACAUGUGGUUGAGGAUGGAUUUAAAUAUUUGGGUGGAUUGAGUUCUGCUCGUAUUCAGGGAAAAAUUUUUGUAAAAUUUGUUAAUGAAAUGGGAAUUGCGGAAGAAGGAAUCGAUCAAGGCGGACCAUUUAAAGAAUUCAUGACACAAUUAAUUGCAGAAGACAAUUCAUAUGUUUAUCCUAGUAGCAGUAACAGCAAAAAUUCUAAAUUAAAAUCAUUGCUUAUAACCAAAGCAAAUGUUUACAGAUUUUUAGGAUGCAUGCUGGCUAGAUCAAUACAAGAAGGAAUAUUGGUUGAUAUACAAUUUGCUAGAUUUUUUUUAAGUAAAUUAUCUGGUAGAGGUGUAUUUCUUGAAGAUUUGGCAGGCUUGAAUGAUGAAUUGUUGAAGAAUUUAAUGUUUUUGAAAAGAUACGACGAUUUAAGUUUAUAUUUUUCUGUUGAUGAAGAAAUUGAUGAUAAAAUAAUUUCAAAAGAUCUUAAACAUGUAAAUUAUUGUUAUUCAUGUUAUUCAUGCUAUCAUGCUAUUCUUGUUGAUAUCACAGAUUUGAGGAGAUGUACAGAGUAUAAAGAAGGUUAUUUUGAUCAACAUCCUUGUAUAAGAAACUUCUGGUCAAUUUUAGAAGAUUUUAAAUCCAAUGAUAAGAAAGCAUUAUUAAAAUUUGUUACAAGUUGUUCAAAGCCUCCACUUGGUGGUUUCAAAUUCUUAACUCCUAAAUUUACAAUUUGUAAAGUAUCAAUUGUGCUUGAAUCUGACUCAACAUUAUCAACAACAACACCAAAUAAUAAUAAUUUAUCAUCAAAUUUAAGACAAGUUAAAUCUUUAUUUUCUUCAAUUUCCUCCAAUUUAAAAACUUCUGUUACUAAUACAAGUAAAGCCAGAUUACCAACAAGUUCCACAUGGUAA